AUGGACGAGUUCAUUGCCCAGAAGGCAAUUCGAACGGCACGGUCAGCACAGGAGGCCUGGCAGCAGUGGUUUGUUGCCGACCCGGCUGUCGGCUUGGUGUGUGCGCUGAAAGACUGCACCAAGGAAAUGAUUCGCCUCGACCGGAAGAAGUACUCUGAGCGGUGUGCCUUGGCGACGGCUUUUAGCAAGUACCAAUCCUACCAACAGUUUGAAGCCUGGUAUCAAGGGUUUACGAGUUCAUACGCAAAGAUUCCUUUGCAUCAUGGCGUGUGCAAGCUUCUCGAUGUAGUCGUUGUAGAAACCACACACACAAGCACGAAUGCGUCCUUGUUGAGUAUGUGGUAA